CAUUCACUAUGAACUCAGUCAUAAGCCAUCAAUGGCGGCCACGUUCAGCAUCGUCUCUAGAAGGAGACGUUCUCAUAAAGAAACUCCUUCUUACCCAUGACCUUGAUGGUCGCCGUCUUGAAUCCGAGCAAUUGCUUCGAGUCACCGAGAAUAUCAUGUGCUUUGCUACUACAUCAGAAGUGCUAGUUUCUGAUAUUCAUAGCGAUGCCUUUGCAAUGGAUAAUGAAAGCAUUAUUGAAAUUGUUGGGUCACAAGAACCGCUGGGAUACACCAUUUACAAAAUAUCUCGCGAGAUACUCUGCAAGUGUUGUGGGGAAGGAGAUGUUCAUACAAGGACCAUGGUCAUGUUUGAUUUGCUAGGGAAUUAUAGAUGGGAUGCAAAAGUGGUUUUAGUACUUGCAGCAUUUGCAACAAGCUAUGGUGAAUUCUGGCUCACAAUGCAGCUAUACCCGGAAAAUCCUUUGGCGGUAUCGGUUGCAAUGCUCAAACAAUGGCCAAGCAGCAUCAGCAAGUUGAAGCCUCGAUUUAAAGCAUUAAGUUUGUUGGUUAAGACGAUGAUUGAUGUGACCAGGUGUAUAAUUAAGUUUGAAGGCCUGCCGGUUGCUCAUGUAAUACCAGAUUUUCAGAUUAUUUCCGCUACAAAGUCUCAGAUUUUCUUUGCUGCUUACUGGAUCACUAGAAGCACAUUGGUCUGUUCUUCUAGUAUCAAAGACUUGAUUGCCAUGAAGCCUGAGCAAGUGUAUUCAAAUUCAACAAUUGCAGCUUGGGAGCUCUCAAGUUUGGUAUAUAGGUUGAGCGGGAUCUACAGUCACCUCAGACGGCAAGUGGAUGAAUGUCAUCGAGAUAUAGAGAUGAAGAUGUAUCAGAAGCUUAUAGAUACUUUCAAGGACAAGGAGUCCCACACAGACAACCAAGAGGUGCUUGGACUGUUAUUUGCUUUAAAGAAUGACUUACCACUCAAGAAUUGCCCAACACAAGCAAAGCUAGGUGUAUCUGAACUGAAAGACAAAGUAGUCAUUCUUUUGGUAUCAAAACCAGAGCUCCUUCCAUUGGAGGAACUAUUUUUGUUGGUUCACCAAACAUAUGAUCAUCCACACAGCAAGAAUUUAGAGGGAAGUUAUGAAAUUGUAUGGGUUCCCAUCUCAUUUUCGGAUACAUGGACUAAUGCUGAAAAGGAAAGUUUUGAUCUUUUAUCGAACUAUUUGCCAUGGUUUUCGGUUUGGCAGCCGCAAUCACUUGAUUCAGCAGUGGUAAAGUUCAUAAAACAAGAGUGGAAGUUCAAGGAUGAACCCAUCAUGGUAGUGUUGGAUUCAAAAGGGAUGGUAACACACUCAAAUGCACUUGAUAUGGUAUUGAUAUGGGGCGCCAGGGGUUAUCCAUUUUCAGUUUCAAAAGAAAUUCAACUCUGGGAAAAGGAGAAUUGGACUCUGCAACUUAUGAUUGAUGAAAUUGAUCCACAAUUGGCUAAAUGGGUUGAAGAAGGCAGGAAUAUUUGCCUUUAUGGAAGUGACAACUUACAUUGGAUUAGAAAAUUCAGUGCUAAAAUAAAUGAAAUUAAGGGUAAUGGCUUGCAACUCGAUGUGGUGUAUGUUGGUAAGAAGAACCCAAGUGAACAAGUGAGAAACAUUUUAACUGUCAUCAAUGAAGAAAUGCAUACUAAUUUCGUUCUCUCUUUCACAAAAAUACAAUUCUUUUGGUUCCGGUUGGAGAGUGUGAGAAGAUCAAAACUCCGACUAGGAAAGAUGGCUGAUGACGAUCAUAUUCUAAGAGAGGUGUCAGCAUUACUGACUACAGACAACGGAGACAAUGGUUGGGCUGUAAUAGGUAAAGGUUUAUCAUCAGAAAUUAUAUGGGUUCAAGGAAGUAAGCUGAUGGAGUACUUGAACCGGUUUCCAGACUGGGGAGAAAAUGUGGCAACAUUGGGACUCAUUGAUGCAAUUAUAUAUGUUGUUGAACCGCCAGAUCUUACUGCUCAUUGUAGUCACUCUAAGCUCAUUCCUUAUGCUGAUGGUGAUGGGUCAAUUGUUGUAUGCCAAAAUUGUAAGCGCCUCUUUAAAAAGUUUGUAGUGUAUGAAUGAUUUGUAAUUUGAGUGUUCUGCUCUGAGUUGAAGGUAAUACUAAAAAUAAAAAUAAC